UUGUUGUGUUUGAGGUUUAUAUGAGGGUUGCCAAAGCCGACGAGUACAUGUGUACACAAAGGGUUAUCACGUAUAGAAAGUACAAUUGAAGAGGGGGGAGGGUUGUAGACUGGAGAGGCAGAACAAUAAUAAUUAUUAACUUACUAAUUGUUAAUGGGGGUUUUUUGUUCAUACACAACAAUAUGUACUUAUUAAAAUCUCCCAACUUAAUUUUAUUUACAAAGGCUUUACAAGAAGCAUUAGAACAAGUAGAAAAACUUCAAAGGAAAAUAUUUAAUUUAAUUCAAAAUAACCACCACCAACAACAAUUAAAUAAUAAUUAUUUCGAAUUAAUUCCUUCUUAUGACGCCUUAUAUUCUUUUGCUGCUGGACUUGUUAAAAAAUUAGGGCAAAUGCGUUCUUUAUUGUCGAGAAAAUGUUUUGAUGAAUUUCAAAAUGAAUUGGAAAUAAAUAUAUUAAAAGGGCAAUUAUUAAUUGCUAAUUUACAAAUAGAAAGACAACAUUUUCAAUUACAAAUAGAAAACCCUUCUAAAAAACAAUAUUCAACAUUUCUCAAUCGCCGUUCAAUUUCCUUUAAUGGAACAUCUUUUAUUGAAAGAAUUUCUAAUUCAAAAAUUAAAUAUUUUCUUCCAUCUAAAUUAUAUUUACAACAAAAAAAUAAAAGAAAAGAAGCAAUUGGCUUUGAUUCUUUAGUUGAAUUUAAUGAACAAAGUAUUGAAAUGGAAUUUUUACGUUUAUUUGAUUCCGCCUGGAAUUUAUCGAGAAUUUGUGAUAAUAAAGAAGAAAAUAAUAAUAAUAAACAAAUAAUUAAUUCAAAAACAAAAAUAAUAUCUUUAACUAAAGAACAACAACAACAAUUUUCGACAGAAAAUUUUAAAGGAAAAAUUUUACAAAGAAAAACACAAAGUGGAAACAUUACUCUUACUAAUUCACAAAAUAAUCAGCAACAAUUUAAAUGGUUACAAUCAUCUACUUCCUCCCCUCCGCCACUUCUUUUCCCACUUCCCCCACCUUCAUCCCCACCAAAACAACAAAAUAUCAACAAACAUUUAUUAAACGAAUUUAUUCCAAAUUAUUCCCCUUCUGGCACUCCAAUAUUUACAAAUAAAUAUUUACAAAAUAAUUAUUUUAAUGAACAAAAAUUAAAUAACCGUUCACGUCCAAUACUUGUUAGACAAAAUUCUACAACUAAAAAUGAAUAUGAUUUGGAAAAUAAGUAUUAA